GAGAGAAGGGAGGGCUGGGGGGAAGUGUGGAGAAUCUGAACCUGAGCCGCUACUGCCGGAGGAAGGUUUGGUGGGAGGAGAAGUAGAGAAGAAGACACGGGUGGAACGUGAGGUAAGGAGGACAUUUAGGUUGCUCCUCCAGGGGGGCACAAACUUCUUCACGAUGUGGCUGAAGCCCGAGGAAGUGCUCCUGAAAAAUGCCCUGAAGCUGUGGCUGAUGGAAAGGUCCAACGACUACUUCGUGCUGCAAAGGCGCCGGGGCUACGGGGAGGAAGGCGGAGGAGGGAUCACAGGACUUCUGGUUGGAACUCUGGAUUCAGUCUUAGAUUCUACUGCUAAAGUAGCUCCGUUUCGCAUCCUACACCAGACACCAGAUUCUCAAGUUUACUGGUCAAUUGCAUGUGGAGCCAACAGAGAAGAAAUUACCAAGCAUUGGGAUUGGUUGGAACAAAAUAUCAUGAAGACCUUAUCUGUAUUUGAUUCAAAUGAAGAUAUUACUAAUUUUGUACAAGGAAAGAUCAGAGGAUUAAUUGCUGAAGAAGGAAAGCAGUCUUUUGCAAAGGAAGAUGAUCCUGAGAAAUUUCGAGAAGCCAUUUUGAAAUUUGAAAAAUGUUUUGGUUUACCAGAGCAGGAGAAAUUAGUGACCUAUUACUCAUGCAGUUAUUGGAAAGGACGGGUCCCUUGUCAAGGCUGGCUCUACCUUAGCACCAACUUUCUGAGCUUCUAUUCCUUUUUAUUGGGAUCAGAAAUAAAACUUGUUAUAUCCUGGGAUGCAAUCUCAAAGCUUGAAAAGACUUCCAAUGUCAUACUGACAGAGAGUAUUCAUGUGUCUUCUCGAGGGGAGGAUCAUUACUUUUCAAUGUUUCUGCACAUUAACCAAACAUACCUUCUUAUGGAACAGCUGGCAAACUAUGCUAUAAAGAGACUUUUUGAUAAAGAAACAUUUGACAAUGACCCAAUCCUUGAUGAUCCUCUACAAAUCACCAAAAGAGGUCUGGAAAAUCGAGCACACAGUGAGCAAUUUAAUGCUUUUUUUAGACUUCCCAAAGAAGAGACUUUGAAAGAAGUACAUGAAUGUUUAUUAUGGGUACCAUUUAGUCACUUCAGUACUCAUGGAAAAAUGUGCAUUUCAGAAAAUUAUAUCUGCUUUGCUAGCCAAGAUGGCAAUCUGUGUACUGUAAUCAUUCCAUUACGUGAGGUCUUAGCUAUAGAUAAGACGAAUGAUUCCAGCAAAUCUGUCAUCAUUAGCGUCAAAGGAAAAACAGCUUUUCGCUUCACUGAAGUUAAUGACUUUGAGCAACUGGUAACAAAACUCAGACUCAAGUUUGAGGCAAUGUCAACUCAAUGUCAUGAUACCAGUACAGAGGCUGUUAUUAGUUUUGAUUCUACAGACUCAUCAAAUAAUCUGGAGGAACAAUCUAUUUUGUGUCAGAAAGAAUGCAGUAAUAAAACUGUGAACACUGAAGCCUUAAUGCGGGUAUUUCAUUCUCAGAAUUUAGAGACUCUCGAUUCUAAAAUGUUGAAAGAAAAGAUGAAGGAACAGUCGUGGAACAUCCUAUUUACAGAAUGUGGGCGUGGUGUUAGCAUGUUCCGGACCAAAAAGACAAGAGAUCUGGUUGUAAGAGGGAUUCCAGAGACCUUAAGAGGAGAGCUUUGGAUGCUUUUCUCAGGUGCUGUUAAUGAUAUGGCUACUCACCCUGGUUAUUAUGCUGAAGUGGUUGAGAAGUCCUUAGGGACCUGCAACUUGGCUACUGAAGAAAUUGAACGUGAUUUGCGUCGUUCCCUGCCUGAGCACCCAGCCUUUCAAAGUGACACUGGCAUAUCUGCUCUGAGACGGGUACUCACUGCAUAUGCAUAUAGGAAUCCCAAAAUUGGAUACUGCCAGGCAAUGAACAUUUUGACUUCAGUAUUGCUUCUCUAUGCAAAAGAGGAAGAAGCAUUUUGGCUUCUGGUUGCUGUGUGUGAACGAAUGUUACCGGAUUAUUUUAAUCGGCGAAUCAUUGGUGCCUUGGUGGAUCAGGCAGUCUUUGAAGAACUUAUCAGGGAUCAACUUCCUCAGCUAACUGAACACAUGACCGAUAUGACCUUCUUUUCUUCAGUUUCUCUCUCAUGGUUUCUCACACUUUUUAUUAGUGUGCUACCUAUUGAGAGUGCAGUGAAUGUGGUAGAUUGUUUUUUCUACGAUGGAAUAAAGGCCAUUUUACAACUGGGACUGGCAAUCCUUGACUAUAAUUUAGACAAAUUGCUGGAAUGUAAAGAUGAUGUGGAAGCUGUGACAGCUUUAAACAGGUUCUUUGACAGUGUCACAAAUAAAGAUAGCCCACUGCCUUCAAGUGUUCAGCAAGGUUCAGCUAUGAGUGCUGAAAAAAGUGGUCAUAUUGGAGUGGAUAUUACAGAGUUGAUUAAAGAGUCAAAUGAGAAAUAUGGUAAUAUUCGCUAUGAGGAUAUAUACAGCAUGCGCUGUCGAAAUAGGCUGUAUGUGAUACAGACUCUAGAGGAAACAACAAAGCAGAAUGUGUUGCGUGUUGUAUCACAAGAUGUGAAAAUGAACCUUCAGGAAUUGGAUGAACUUUAUCUCAUCUUUAAGAAAGAACUGUUUGUUUCUUGUUAUUGGUGUCCAAGUUGUCCAGUAUUGAAGCACCAUGACCCUAGUCUGCCAUAUUUGGAACAAUAUCAGAUUGACUGCCAACAGUUCAGAGUAUUGUAUCACCUUUUGAGUCCCUGGGCUCAUUCUGCAAACAGAGAUUCAUUAGCUUUAUGGACAUUCAGAUUGUUGGAUGAAAACUCUGACUGCCUUAUAAACUUCAAAAAGUUCGCCUCUGCAAUUGACAUAAUAUACAAUGGAAGUUUUACUGAGAAGCUUAAACUGCUUUUUAAGCUGCAUAUUCCUCCAGCUUAUACUGAUGUGAAGUGUCAGGACCCUUCAAAAGGAGAUGACCUUUCUGAGGAAGAAUUACUUCAUUUCAGUCAGCUGAAAGUUUCCAGAUCUACAGAUGAAAAGGAGACAGAAUCAGUAAAAAGUAGCCCUGAAAAAGGCAAAGGCAAAGUUGAUAUUCAAGCAUACCUAAAUCAGUGGCAAGAGGAGCUUCACAAAAAAGAAGACAGCAUUAAAGAUUUGCCCAGAAUGAAUCAGUCACAAUUUAUACAGUUUUCAAACACCCUGUAUAACUUAUUCCAUGGGGACCCUGAGGAAGAAUCAUUAUAUCAAGCCAUUGCCAUCGUAACCAGACUUUUACUCAAGAUGGAAGAAGUUGGAAGGAAACUACAUAGCCCGGCAUCAUCACCCAAAGGGUGCUCUGGGACUGUUUGUGCUUCUGGAGACCCCAGUGAGGAGACCACCAAGAGCCACGUGAAAGAACCCUCCUCUCUCCAGGAGGAACCUCAAUGGUCGUUCACAUUCGAGCAAAUUCUUGCAUCUUUACUGAAUGAACCUGCACUGGUGAAGUUUUUUGAGAAGCCUGUAGAUGUAAAAGCCAAGUUAGAAAAUGCCAAAACCUGUCAGUUAAGGUCUAGAACCAAGAUGUAAAUCUCUGUAACAGAAAUUGCCUAUCAUAGACCAGUUUAAUCAAGAUUUCCUGAAGCUAGCACCCUGAUUUCUGGAAAUAUGUCUCAGGAAUCUAGUUUGAGAUUGUUACUAGUUUGUUUGAAGGAGGAAAAGAAAGAUACUCUGAAGCACAAUGAUUCUUACCUUUG